GCUGCCCUGUUGGGUCACGCGAGCUGCCCUGCUUCUGCCUCCCUCGGCCCAGCAGGGUCCCUCUGGAGCGGGGCAGCAGAGCGCCUCCCAUGGCUGCGAGCGAGGGCCACGGCGGGGAUUACCAUCGCCUGCCCGGCGACGAAGACGACUCUCCCCCCGAGGAUGAGGAGGAGCUGCUGGUCCACGUCACCGAGGGACUGAAAGAUUCCUGGCAUCAUAUCAAGAACUUGGAUAAUUUCUUCACUAAAAUCUACCAUUUCCACCAGAAGAACGGCUUUGCUUGCAUGAUGCUCUCGGACAUCUUUGAGCUGGUGCAGUUCCUGUUCGUGGUCGCCUUCACCACCUUCCUGCUCUGCUGCGUGGAUUAUGACGUGCUCUUCGCCAACCAGCCGGUCAACCACACCCAGCCCGGCGGGGGGCUCGGGCCGGAGCGGAGCAAGGUGACCCUGCCGGACGCCCUCCUGCCCACAGCACAGUGCGCCCAGAGGAUCCGGGCCAGCGGCUGGAUCAUCUUCUUCCUCGUGAUGGCGGCCACGUUCUGGCUGUACCGCUUGGCACAGGUGUUCUGCAGCCUCCUUGGCUACUGGGAGAUCCGUGCCUUUUACAUCAAGGCCCUCAAGAUCCCCUCGGACGAGCUGAGCAGCCGCAGCUGGCAGGAGGUGCAGGCCCGGCUGAUCGCCCUGCAGCGCGAGCAGCCGAUGUGCGUGCACAAGCGGGAGCUGUCGGAGCUGGACAUCCACCACCGCAUCCUGCGCUUCCGCAACUACCUGGUGGCCCUGGUGAACAAGUCGCUGCUGCCCGUGCGCUUCCGGCUGCCCCUGCUGGGCGAGGUGGUCUUCCUGACGCGGGGCCUCAAGUUCAACCUGGAGCUGCUGCUCUUCCGGGGGCCCGGCUCCCUGUUCCAGGGCCGGUGGAGCCUGCGGCCCCAGUGCAAGCGGGCGGGGGCGCGCCUGGAGCUGGCCCGCCGCCUGGGGCGCAGCGUGCUGCUGCUGGGCCUGGCCAACCUGCUGCUCUGCCCCCUCGUCCUGGUGUGGCAGGCGCUGUACGCCUUCUUCAGCUACGCCGAGGUGCUCAAGCGCCAGCCCGGCAGCCUGGGGGCGCGGCGCUGGUCGCUCUACGGGCGCCUCUACCUGCGCCACUUCAACGAGCUGGACCACGAGCUGCAGGCCCGCCUGAGCCGCGGCUACAAGCCGGCCUCCAAGUACAUGAACUCCUUCGCCAGCCCGCUGCUCGCCGUGCUGGCCAAGAACGUCGGCUUCUUCGCCGGCUCCAUCCUGGCCGUGCUCAUUGCCCUCACGGUCUACGACGAGGACGUCCUCACGGUGGAGCACAUCCUGGCCGCCAUCACCCUCCUGGGGCUCAUUGUCACCGUGGCCAGGUCGUUCAUCCCGGACGAGCACCUGGCGUGCUGCCCGGAGCAGCUGCUGCGGUGCGUCCUGGCCCACAUCCACUACAUCCCCGGCCACUGGCAGGGCAACGCGCACAAGGCCGAGACGCGGGAGGAGCUGGCCCAGCUCUUCCAGUACAAGGCGGUCUUCAUCCUGGAGGAGCUGCUGAGCCCCAUCGUGACGCCCUUCCUCCUCAUCUUCGCCCUGCGCGCCAGAGCCCUGGACAUCAUCGACUUCUUCCGCAACUUCUCCGUCGAGGUGGUGGGUGUCGGGGACAUUUGCUCUUUUGCCCAGCUGGACAUCCGCAACCAUGGCAACCCGCAGUGGCUCUCCCAGGGCCAGUCCGAGGCAUCCGCGUAUCAGCAAGCCGAAAACGGGAAGACGGAGCUGUCCCUCAUCCACUUCGCCAUCGCCAACCCGGGCUGGCAGCCCCCGCCCGAGAGCUCGCUCUUCAUCGGGCACCUGAAGGAGAAGGUGCGGCAGGAUGCGGCCCUGGCCCCCCCAGCCCAGCGCCUCUACACCGAAGGCCCCUUCGGCGCCUCCUUCCUGUCCGAGGAGGGGCCCGGCGCCAUGCCGGACGCCCUCCUGGCCAGCGUGCUGGCUCACCCGGCCCUGGCAACGGGAAGCCCGGCGGCUCAUCGGCCUGUCGAGACUGCCUGCGCGGCCGCCAGCGUCCUGGCUUCGCUCUCCUGCUCCCAGCUUCCCCGGCGCGGCCGUCCCCCAGCUGAGGACUCUGGCUCCUGCAGCGACAGCACGCUCCCGGGGGGCAGUGCCGGCCCCACUCCGACGCCCCAGGCGGCCCUCACCCGCUCGGCCACGCUCUCCGCACUCGCUUCAGCCGAGAUGAGCCUGCACGCCAUUUACAUGCACGAGCUCCACCAGCAGCAGCAGCAGCAGCAGCCACAGCCGCCGGCCUCUGGCCCACGGAUGCAGCCUUCGACACAAGCAGCGUCCCCCCGGCUCUUGCACACGCAACCUGGACCGAGGCCUCGGGGGCCGGGAUGCGGGGCAGUCCUGGGUGCAGCCACAGGAGAGGGAGCGCAGCCGGCCUCGCGGCCGAUGGGGCACCUUCCUUCGUGGCGUUCCUGAGCACUGGAGCGCUGUGGGCAGCAGCUUGCCGGGACCCCCCUCCGCCCAGCGGUGCGAGCAGGAGGGGC